AUUCAAAUGAAGAACUGUUUAAAUUAACUGCUACUAAAGUUAUACCAACAUCGUCAAUAAUAAUGAUUCUGCUCCCGUACUACGUGUGUUUUUUUUCAGCAACAGUGUAAUUUUUUUAACCUUGAAAGAAGAACUGCUUGUUCUUUCAAUGUAUUUUCAUUAAGAUGUCGUCCAUUGUUUACCAAAAUUCUUUUUCUCCCCGUGGUCAGGGGGAUAUUCACGAACCACCUACUAGUAGCGGGGACCAUGGGAAGAUCACCGCCACGACCUCGCCGACGUCUAAUGUGGUGUUUAACUGUGCGGCGUUUCCUUCUUUAUCUUUGCACAAUCCCGCGUUUCCUUCCCCCGUGUUGCGGUUCUUUAACCUGUCUGGCGAUCUGCAACAAAUUCCCGUCCCGGACACGUUUUAUGACCUGGUGAAGAAAGCUGCAUUGGAUGAGGCGGAGAAAACGGCUCCGGCUGCUCGUGCUGCUGAACAGGAGAAGCUGCUGGCUGCAAGUACUUUUUUUACCCGUGUUUUAUUUUUCACGGUGAAUUUUUUUUCUCAGAGCUGCAGUAGAGUUGUACUAUUGACCACAGCAUCGAAUGCACUGAAUCUUCGAAUGUUUCAUGAUGAUUUUUCAGAACGCAAAAUAAAAAACGUGAUAUUAUAAUACCAGGCAAGAGGCAGCUCCAAAGCCUUACCAUGAUGUCAGAGAUGCUGACCUCUUCCCCCUCGGUGGACGAUGUUGAUGACUCCGAGACGCCAACACCCGUUCAGAAAACAACUUCUGCUGAGAAAACGAAGAACCAGAGGACCAGGGCUAGUUGUGCGAAUAGUAGUUCUUUCGCAACAUCGUCGAAAGACAACGAGGAUCUGGAUCUCCCCCGGGUUCACCUCUCGACCUUUUCCUACGUUUUGACCAUGACAAAAAAGCAGUUUGCGCUGGCCUUGCUAAAAGCGAACUACACGGCCGCGCCCGAGUCGUUGAUCCAAAUUUACAAGAUCCCCUCUGCGGCACCGUGUCGCAAGUCCUCUCCCUGGUCGGAUUAUGCAAUGCAAAAGCAUCUUACUCGUAUAAAUUGCAUUACAAUCUACCCCAGCAUUACAAAUUAAAUUUGCAAUGCUGAUUCACCUUGAGAAGGGGAUUUGUAAUGCAUAAACGCAAUUACUACGAGUACGAUACUUUUGCACAGCAUACGGAUGGCAGCUUUUCCACUUUGGGUACGCCGAUGACGCCAAUGAGUGCUGGGUUCAAUCCGCUUCCGCUUGGGGAAGAGCAGCAGGAUGGUUGUCCAGGCACGGCGGCUGGCGAAUUUGAUCCUGAAAUGGAACAGCUCAUCGAGUCUGACAAGGAGACCGUCGAGUUUCACUUUCCUAAAAUGAUGUUCGAACCAGCUUCUCCAGCGCGACAAGCAAAUAAUCAGACAACUACUUCUGGUCAGGUGCACAGUGGUCGGGAGACAAAAUGUGAUGUGUCAGGCGUGAUCAUGAUGGGGCAGGACCAGGAGCAUGAUACGUUGAAAAUACCAUCCGUCAGCGAAGAUCUAGUACAUCUACUUUGCGACAAAGGUAGCCACGUGGGGCGACGAACAACUUUUGGGUUCGGCCCAGGUGAUUCGGCAUCCCGAAACACCACAGCAUCCACAUCUGCAAGUGGCGUUGUCCCAGGUCGUGAUCGUGUACAAUUAGGUGCGGAAGUAGAACAAGAAUUAUUACCGAGGACCAGAAGCAGAAACACAACAUCAACUACACUGGAAAACCCCCUUUGGCCAAGACAAGCGGCACCAGGUUCUGGCCAAGACAAGUAUGAGAACCACGACCCCGCGAACGACGACGAGCUGCAGUCCCUGCCGCCGGAACUCCGCAGUCGCGCCCACUCCAAGGCCAGUGCAGUUUCGUCGAAAGCGAGUUCGGUCGAUCUGAGCAACGAUGUUCUAGUCCGGGUGAUCAUUUCCAGGGCGGAAUUUCCGGACACCUUUCCGCUCUGGGGGAGUAUCCUUUGCAAAAGCAUCGUAUUCGUAUAAAUGCAUUACAAAUUUCCUCAGCGUGAGAAAUUAAAUUUGUAAUGCGGAUGUACCUGAAGAAAAAAGUUUGUAAUGCAUGACUGCAAUACGAGUACGAUGCUCUUGCACAGGAUAGGGAGUGAGGAGGAAGAAAUCGUGCACCCGUUUUUGGAGCUUAAGCCCAACGAGCAGUUGCACCGCUGGCUUUAUCAGGAAUACUGGCGCAAUCAUGUUCUGUACAAGCCUGUGAAUAAUAUCUCCACAACUUCAUUCGGAACAACUAAUGGUGCUUCAUCCGUGCGGCCGUUGAUGGAGAAGGAGAAUUUGUUCUUUAACCCCUUCCUCUGUGUUAAACCAGUGCAGCCAGGUCUUGUUUCCUCGAGUUUCAGAGGUGGAGAAGAUAUUGACAAGAGUUGUUUCGAAUUCGACGAGGACUAUCUCGUCCUGUACACGGUUUCUCUCCUGUCCCAAAAGCCGGGCAACGCCUAUGGCGCUCUCAACUGUUACAUUCUCAACUGUUACAUGAAUUUGUCAUGCAGAACUACCAUCAAGAUUCACACGGGAGAGCUGCUUCGCAUGACAAAUUUGCGAAGGGCUAAACAGCACCUAAAUCUGUGCAAAACUUGUAAUGCUAGAAGUGCAACCUCUCCCCUUUCACUUUUGCAAUUCUUGCAUCACAAAUCCAUGUAACAGCGGAGAAUGUAACAGUUGAGAACACCAUAACGCCAACGGCCGGGAGGGCUGCGGGAAUUUUUACAAGGAGGUGCGGAUGUUUCUCAAGGUCCUGCUGCAGAUGGAUAGAACCAAUGGACAGGGGUUCAGUGCGGGGUCAGCAUCUUCAAAUACGCCAACGUUUCAGACAGGUAUCAAUCUACAAUAAGCUACACGCAAAAUAAAAGGUUGGUUGUGCAGCGCAGUGACGAUCUACUAGUGGGCACAAAGUGAUGUCUUUUGAAGUUCUUUCUCGACGACUUUACUUUACUACUCUUGUUUUUCUAAUACCAAGAAGUUUUAUUUAUACGUGUCUAUUCAAGGUAUUUUCCACUUCCUCUUCGAGCUCCUCCUCCGGGCGGAUGGCUGGGACCAGACCAGUGAAAGUUGGAUGGCAGACCAUUUCGCGCGGAAAGUACAGAACCACGCGGAUGAGAUUGCAACGACACGAACAGAAGCAGCUGCUGCGGAAGGGAGUGUAGUCUUGCAACAUCAUCAAAACGGCGAUGGACCCACACUGGAUGAUUCUUCAUCACGCAGUAGGACCUCUUGUUCUUUCGCAGUGAAGACAACUUCUUCUUCAAGACGAGAAGGUCUUUCGGAGGAAUUUGAAAAUAAAACGCUGCAGAAGCAAAAGGAAAUCAUCGCAAAUGACAUCGUGUGGUCGUUUGUCUUGGAUGGACCGGAGUUGUCGGAAUUCACGACAUUAACAUCCGAAGCCAAGGUGGAGAAGUCGGGCUUCGUCGAACGGGUCCUGCUGCCGGGGACGAAGGACAACAAGAUCGGGACGACAUCUUCAUGCAAAGGCCACCCGUCGUCGCAACCGCAACAACCAUUGGACAGGAGCGGGAUGUUGAGAGGUACUACAUGUAGUACCGCUACAGAAGCAUGUUCUGCAAAUGAAAAUGCCACCAAAAAAUCCACCUCGUCUCGUAGUUGGCGCAUCAAGCGGUGCGGCACGUGGCGGACUUACGAAGAUGAUUUUUACAAUUGGGGAACACCAGCAUCUCCGAGUGAGACGAGCAGCGCGGGAAACAAUAAUUCACCUACGGAUCAUGUUGAACAUCAAGAACACCCCGCUCUCUUUUCAACAUCCGACAACGCGUUUGAUGCCUUAUUUGCGCCCAUGUGGGUUCCAGAGGACAGGAAGAUUGUGCCGCUUUUCGAUUUGAAUUUGCGAGCGAAGGAGAUCCAGCUGUUGUUGCAGGAAUUCUAUCAAAUGCAAAAAUGUCUGGUUCUGGAAACUUGUGAUGCUAAAAUGUGCAUGAUGAGGAAAGUGCAUUUUUGCAUGACAAAAAUGGCUGCGGCUUUUGUCGGUUAUGCAAUGCAGAUUUCCCAGGAAUGUAAAGCUAGCAUUACAAGUUCCAACUUUCCAGACCCAGACACUUUUGCAGUUGAUGAAUUCUUCGUGUUUGAUGUUCAUCCGGAAAGAACGGCGGUAACAAAAACAUCAGCACCAGCAGCUUCUACUGUGCUGGACUUUCCCUUUAUCCACAGGAAAUUUCCCUUGCACGUACAAAUGCGGUUUCUGCAUGACAAAACUUUCGUUCAUUCCUAUUCAGCAUGGCAAGUGGCAUGCUGCAAGUUGAUGAAAUUUGUGAUGCAUUUUGUACAUGUGCAGGAAAUUUGUGUUGCAUACCCUUCGCGACGACCUACUUGCCCCAGUUCUACGAGUUUGUGAAGGACAAGCCGAAUUUCCUCGUCCCCGCCCUUAUGCGUUGCAAAUAUGUCUGGGUCUGGAAGAUUGCAACUUGUAAUGCUAAUUCUGGAUUGUGCAAAAAUCUGUGUUGCAUGAAUGCCAAAAACUUGGUCCACUUUUGACCAAGUUGAGAGAAAGUUUCUCAUGCAGGAUAGGCAACAUAGGGAUCUCGUCGCGCAAUCUGUCAUGCGAGGUCCUGCAUUCCAGACGACAUGGAUCAUGGAAAAUCUGGAUCACAAGCCUCGCAAUCUUCCAGAGGACCCAGACAUAUUUGCAUUUGAUAGCCCUGCGACUUCCGCGAAACACGCACAACCUGCAGGUCUGUCUCGAUACCAUGCUUUCCAAGACCGUCUACCCCGCCAGCGGCUUGAUGGCCGGAAUCGUGCCGAGGGUACUGGGAUUCGUGCCGAGUGGUUGGGAACGGCAAGUGCCGGCGAGAAACUACGUUGCAGCUGCUGUUGGGGAACAAAAGCGCCACCGUCUCCGCACGGAAAGCGACAAAGAAGGUUGCGACGAGGAAGAGGUAGUGCCAGAGGGUGAAGAAUUCUUCCACAAUCCCUUCUGGCCAUAUUGCACGCAGAUCCUGCCAAACCCUGCCUACCAAGACGGACUGCUGUUCACGCGGGUGGAGGUUGGAGAGCGGGGGAGAAAAAAUGUUGUGAUAUGCACUGCAAAUAUCCCUGGAUGUCUGGAAGGACGAAGCUUGUCAUGCGAAGUCCCGAUCUUAAGAAAAUCUGUGUUGCGUGAACGCCAAAAGUUUCCCACCCCUUGCUUGCCUAAAAUAUCUGAUGCGGGAUAGGCAUGAGCAAGGUGUCGCAAAAUCUGUGGUGCUUCUGUGCGCAUUACAGACCAUGUGUUUGGUUCGCGAGAUGCAUGACAAAUCCCGCACUCUUCCAGACCGGGACAUAUUUGCAGUGGAUAUGUGACCUUGGAGCACAAAGUUGAUCCGUUGUUGGUUGCCGUGCUGGAUUUGGUUCUAAAUGGAACAGCACAAGUCGAGCAAGGACUUUGUGAUGCUCCUGCAGCUCAUGAAGUAGAGAAGGAUGUUGAGCCAGUAGAUAAACCACAGCAAUCAACUUCAACCACUUCAAAAUCCUCGAGCACAACCGCGUCCUCGCUUUCAGAAGAGGGUGAGCUGACACUAGGACACACCUCCUCAACCGCAACAGCUGCAGAUGCUGAAGUUCUGGGAACUACAUUUGGGGAACAAGGGGGCAGCGCGAAGACCCGGCCACGUGGUUCUCGUCCAACAGCUACACCGGAAAGUACUACAUCGAGGAGCACUUCGCCUUCUUUGACUUCCCGCUUCGAAUCCUGGCGGCAGAAGCAUUUUUCGAAAAUGUGGGAUCCGGUGUUGCGAGUUUACAAAAGUGUCGAACUUGUUCCUUCUCCCACGACCGGAGAGCAUGAUGAUGGUGAUUUUACUGCGGAGAAGCAGGCGUUCAGUGCCCAUUUGAAGAUCGAUAAGCAGGCAUGGAAUAGCGGAAAGAUGGAAAUAAAUUUCGUUGAGAAGAAAUCUUCAAAAAAACACGAUAUCGAGACCGAGCAGCAAUUACACCGGCGAAUGGCUUAUUUGGAGUUCCAGCACUUUCAACUGUUACCUGAGAAGAUCCUUUCUGACUGCGGUUACAGAAGAAGCAGUUGCCAAUCUAGAAGUUCAGUGGAACAGCAGAACAGCAGCUCGCCGGCAUCAUCGAUAGAAGGUAACCAUCUUUAUUACGACCGUGAAGAUCGUUACGCUUCAUCCCCAGGGAGCUCUCGUUCCAACCCAGACACUUACCGCCGCAACUCCGAUGGCACCCGGGCCGCGGUGCACUGGGGAUGGGACGGCGUGCCGGGCGCGCCACCGCCCCGGAUGCAGCAGGUGGAGCAAAAAUCUUCUGUGUCGGAUGAUAUUAUCGGAGAUGUACAAGACGAGAAGGACGGGUUGGUCGUCCAGAGAACUCCCAGAGGUGUUGUUUCUGCUGGUGCAGCGUUUUUGACCAACUACCAGGAUCAGCAGGGACAUGUAGAAGAAUUGUGCCAACGCAGCGCUGCGGGAGGUAGUUGUACAAGCUCUACUAAUGGUACACCACGGCCGCACAAGAUGAACCGGGGAAUCCAGCAGCAAAAUAACAUGACACCGAUCAGAUCUCCCGGAGCAGCAGCACUGCUGUCCACACCGUCAUCCUCUGGAAAGAGCGACAGAGCAGUCCACGCCGGCGCUCUUUUUUCCACGAACCCUAUGUUAUGCAGUGCAAAAGCAUCGCACUUGUAGAAAUGCAUGAUAAAUUUCCUCAGCAUGAGAAAUACAAUUUGUAGUGCCGAUUUACCUUAAGAAAAAGAUUUGCAAUGCAUGAUUGCGAUACGAGUGCGAUACUUUUACACAUGAUAUAUGUCGUGCACCUACAAUCUGUUGGAUACAGAAUUUUCUUGUUUGCUCGCACACGGUAUCAAAUGCAAAUAUGUCAUUUGGGUCUGGAAGAAUGCAACUUGUGAUGCUGUGUUUGGAUUCCAAAAAAAUCUGCAUUGCGUAAGCAGUAAAGGGGGUGCAAUUGUUGCUACGCGAAGAGGGCAUUUGUCAGGCGGAGUAGGCAUCAAGAAGUGCUCAAAAAAUCUGUGAUGCUAGGGCAUGCAUCACAGACAUCAUGGCUUAUGCAAAACGUGCGUGACAAGUCGCAAAACCUUCCAGGCCCAGACAUAUUUGCAAUGCAUGCACGGAAAAUACCUGGAGUGCUUGGCGCUUUUGGAAGUGACCGGGCAAAGGCAUUUGAUUCAGUAAUUAGAUACGAUUAUGUUUCAUCUACUUGUAACAAACACUUUAUUGUUGAUCAUGGUGCUCUAUCAAGCUGGAGCCUGACAAAUUUCAAUCAAAAAUUUUUCAAGUACGAUAAAAUUUUCAAGAAUUCCAUCCACCACUAUGAAUUUGUUGAAGAUGAUACUGAUAUGCUCAGCCCUUAUCCAUUGUAGGCUUUUCUUCAUAGUGCGAAUAGAUACUCAUAAAAUAAUAAAUUGUACCUAAUAUCCGGAAAUGUUGAUCUAGAGUAAAAUGGGUUUCGAACAACUGUAAAAAUGGCACAAAAUAAUUAUUGUGUUUCGUGUCCCUUAGAACGAAAAGAGAACAAAAUAGGGGCGACACCGCAGGACCAAUGCGAUGCCAAAAAA